GACACGGCCGGGGCGACGCCGGCACCGGUGCCGCGGCGUGGGAGCGGGUGCCGGGAGCACUUCCCAGUUGCUCACUGGGAGCACUGGUGCGGCGCAGAGCCCCAGGCAGGCUGCCAGUGCUGGUUGAUGCCACCGGGCACCUGGCCUGGUGCGAGGGGCUCCCAUGGGACCACCGCCCCCAGCAGGGCCCUGCGGAAUGCGGGGGUCCCGGGGACAGGGCCGUGCGUGCGCAGCCGCCCGCGCUGGGUGCAGAGCAGGGCCCUUCUCCUCCUCCUCCUCCUCCUCCUCCUCCUCCCCGCGGGACCGGCCUUUUCUCCCCGUUUCCAGGGGAACCAGUGAGAGCCGUGACGCAAUUAAAAUAAUAAAAGCUGAGGGCGGCGCAGGGGGGCUGCGAGGGGGCUGCGCGGGAGCCCCUGGCUGCACGGGAGCCAGCAGCCGCGGUGCCACCCCGCUGCGGGGAGAGGGGACCCCGGGGAGAGGGGACCCCGAGGAGCAGGACGAGGCUCCACAUGCUCUGUCACGGCUCUGUGGCUUUUGGGGGACCUGGGCUGGGUCUUGGGGGGCCACUGGAUGUGGGAGACCCCCGCCCGUCCCCGUGCCAGCACCGGGGAUGCUCUGUGUAUGUGGGGCAGGGGGGCUCCGUCACCCCCUCGCCCCCUUGGUCCCCUGGUUCUUUGGGGUCCGCAGCGAGAGCCCCCUUGGGUGGGUGCAGCCCCCAGCCCCCACCAUGGCGCUGGUCCCCUCCAUGUCCCCGUCGCCCCCCCCCUCUGCGCCGUCCCUCGCUGCCAGCAGGUCUCCCUGGCAACAGGUCCCCUCGGCCACCGCGGCACCAUUCAUAGCAGGCACCGCGCUGGGGUGGCCGGCACGGUGGCUUGUCCCCGUGGGGCACCGUGCUCAGGGCAUGGCCAGCAGGGCCACCGUGUCCCCACGGGGUGCAAGGUGCAGCCGGUUUGUCCCCAAGGGGCAUGGGAUGUGGUUGGCACAGCCAGGACGUCCCCACGGGGUCCAAGGCGUGGCCGUGAGGUCCCCAUGGGGUGCAGGACGCAGGUGGCAUGGCCAGGGCAUUGCUUUGGGGUGCAGGGCACGGCCACGGUGUCCCCAUGGGGUGCAUGGCAUGGCUGUUGUGGCCACAAGGUCCCCAUGGGGUGCAUGGCACAGUUGUGAUGUCCCCAUGGGGUGCAUGGCACAGCCAGGGCGUCCCCGCAGGCACCGCAAGGUCAGGGCGCAGCCGAGGGCCAUGAGGGUGUCCGGGGGGGGGUCCCAGCUGGGACCUGCACCCCAGGGAUUUCCACCCAAAUAACGUGGCCUGGUUCAGGGUCUGCUGCCCUGCUGCGGGGCAGGGGGACGCAGGGACACAGGGAUGUAGGGGACGCAGGGACGCAGGGGACGCGGGCGGUUCCCGCAGCCGCAGGGCGGCGCGGCACAGCCCCGGUGCAGCCGCACGCUGGCCACAAGCAGCACUGCAGCCCUGCGGCACCACGGCCACGGCCGGGGCCACGCACACAGCCCCUGGCUGCUGCUUCGCUCUGCGCCAAACCCGGCCCAGGAAAAUGGGGCUGGGGACGUGGGGACAUGGGGACGCCGUGGGGACAUGGGGACGCCGUGCCGGUGCUGCCCCUUCUCGCCCCGCACAGCCCAGCGCAGGGCUCGGCACAGGCCGGGGGGAUGCAGCACGCAUUUUCCUCGGCACGGUUCGCUCGCCAAAAAAAUUGCAGAUUCAGGUCAGCCAGAAUCGCUCGUCGGCCAAAAAUAAUUGGGGGAAAAAACGCUAAAAAAAAAAAUCAACAUACUCCUUUUCAGUGGUUCCUCGCUCUCAAACAAUGCCGAGCGUAGCCGCGCCGAAUUCCUUUAUUUUUCUAAUAAGACGAAGUGUUUUCUUUUCAUUACGGGGAGAAGGCCUGAAAUGCGUUCAAGCUGGGUCCGCCCGCCCGCCCUUGAUCUCGCGGCGGGGCUGACAAACCGCGCCGCCCGCCCGCCCUGCGCCACUUGUCACCCGGUGCUGGUGGCCGCGCUGCGCUGCCAGGGGACGGGGACAGCCACGUGUGGCCGUGGCAGAGGGGACGGCGUGUCCUGCCGGGGGGCUCCCCAGGCCAGCCGUGCCCCCGGUUGCACCCCGAGGGUUCGGUUUAUUUGGGGGUGCCAGGAGGGCAGGGGGACGGGGACAGUGGCACAGGGGUGGCAGUGGCCGAGCAGGUCGGUGGCUUUCUGCCUCCCUGCGUCAGGGCACUGCUCUGGCACGGGGGUGCUCUGGGGGCUCUGUCCCUGCACGGGGGCCACCUUGACCCGGGGGGUGGUCGCUGCCUCCACGGCACCCCCAGAGCAGCACCCAAGGGUGCGGGGAGGGGCUGGGCACCGGCCCUCAGCCAUCCACAGCAGGAUGGGGACGGGAUGGAGAUGAGGACAGGAUGGGGAUGGGGAUGUUUUGGGGU